AUGCUGGCCGACGUCCUCGGCCCCGCCGUCGACAUCGCUCGGCGCGCGGCUGAAGAUGCCGACCCGGACGGCGAAGACGCCUCCCAGAAGGAGAUCUACGCCUCGUGGGCCCUCUUCAUCCUCAUCGUCCUGCUCAUAGUGGCACUGUUCACCAGCUACAUGCUCCAGCAGAGGAAGGUCACUGCCAUCCACGAGACUGUCGCUUCCAUCUUUGCUGGUAUGGUCGUCGGGUUGACCCUGCGCGUCGCCGGUGGUGAGAACCUACAGAACCUCGUCAGCUUCGACUACCAGAUCUUCUUCAACCUGCUCCUGCCGCCCAUCAUCCUCUCCUCCGGCUACGAGCUACACCAAGCCAACUUCUUCCGGAACAUUGGAACCAUCUUGACCUUCGCCUUCGCCGGCACAUUCCUCUCCGCUUUGGUCAUCGGUGUUAUUCUCUGGCUGUAUACACGGGUUCCUCUCGAUGGUUUGAACAUGGGGUGGACGGAUGCCAUUGCGGUGGGCGCAACGCUGUCUGCUACGGAUCCUGUCACCAUCCUCGCCAUCUUCACCUCUUACAAGGUCGACCCCAAGCUCUACACCAUCAUAUUUGGCGAAUCAAUCCUCAAUGACGCCAUUGCGAUCGUCAUAUUCGAAGCCGCCCAGAAAUCAAAGAACGGCGCCGCCGAGAAGUCCGGGCUGGCAAGCCUCUUCUUCGGUAUCGGGACUUUCCUGUUCGACUUCUUCGGCAGCUUGGCUAUCGGCGUUAUUGUCGGAAUCGGUGCUGCGCUGUGUCUGAAGUACACCUAUGCCAUCAAGAUGUCAGGAAUCGUCUCUCUGCUCUUCUGCGGCAUCACUCUGAAGCACUACGCCUACUUCAACAUGUCACGAAGGACUCAGCUCACGACCAAGUAUCUAUUCCAGGUCCUGGCGCAACUGUCAGAGAACUUCAUCUUCAUUUACCUAGGCCUGUCCCUCUUCACCGGAGAGGACCUUGAGUUUAAGCCCCUGCUCACCAUUGUCACCGUCUUGGCCGUGUGUGCAGCGAGAUGGGUGGCCGUAUUUCCCUUGUCACGCGCCAUCAAUUGGUUUAUCCGCUACAAGGCCCGACGCCGUGGGAUCAUGGACCAGCCGGACGAGCUACCCUACAAUUAUCAGGCUAUGCUGUUUUGGGCUGGAUUGCGAGGUGCCGUGGGAGUUGCCCUGGCGGCCCUCAUCACCGGAAACGACAGGUUUGCGUUGAAGGCCACUGUCCUGGUGGUCGUGGUGUUGACGGUGAUCAUCUUCGGAGGCACAACAGCUCGAAUGCUGGAAAUCUUGAAUAUUCGCACUGGUGUGGUGGAAGAGAUCGACUCGGAUGACGAGUUUGACAUCGAGGCCAUCGGUGGUGGCAGCUACUACAAGCGCUCGGGCACCGGGAUCGGAUAUAUACCGCGACGAACGGACUCGACCUUGUCUCUUGGUCGGGUGGAUGCCUCCUCGAAUGGGAGGCGCAACGGCAGCAGCGAUCCUCACAGCUGGUCAUCCGGCCACCGAAGCCCACAUGGGCUCGACCGGCCGUCGAGCAUAAGCCGGAAGGGGUCCAGGGCCAACUUCCCGGACCCUGAGCAGUCUGAACUGCUCGGCAGUAACUCUGCCAGCGUCACAGACUCUGACCUGGGCAGCGACGUCGACAUCUCCGACCUGCCGCCUGCCGCUCCAAAGCGGCGGGCGAGCCCCGUACCACCAACCAGCGUCCCAGCCGGUGAGAGCUCAGCAGCCACUCAACCAGUGCUUUCGGGAACGCGGGAAAGGUCUGCCACUUUGACGGAAGGGGCCAAAUCAGCGGCGGGCGCGAUCAGGCAGCUGCUCACCUCGGAUGACCCCUCUGCUCUCUUCAGGCAGUUGGACGAGGACUAUAUCAAGCCCCAUCUGCUGCUCGACGACAGCCGGGGACGGGGAAGCGGCAAUGGAGGCGCGGGGCCAAGCGGCUAG